UGAGGUUUACCAGCGCUAAUCAACCAAAUUAAUUUCACUUCACUUGGCUAAUGCCGAAACGACGCCGUUGUAACAAAUAGCUCAAAUGAAAGGUUGUAGUGCUCCACGAGGAUUUUGAGUCGAUCGCUCUCACAGGUUCUAAGAAAUGGAGAACACGGCGAUCCUGAGAGAGUGGUUCGAGCGAGUUGACUCGGAGAAAAUCGGAAGCAUCACGGCCUCUCAGCUCAAGAGCGCUCUCUCCGUUGGAAACCUCGAAUUUCCUCUCUCAAUUGUUCAGCAAAUGAUCAGAGUGUAUGAUUUUGAUAGGAAUGGAACUAUGAGUUUUGAAGAGUUCGUUGCUCUCAACAAGUUCCUUCUCAAGGUUCAACAAGCCUUUUCAGACUUAGAGAGGGGUCGUGGCUUUCUUGUCCCUGAUGAUGUAUACGAGGCAUUGGUGAAAAUUGGCUUCUUGCUGGACACUCCAGCCUUUUUGACUGCAUGUGAGAGUUUUGAUCAAAAGAAGAAUGGGAGAUUCAGAUUAGAUGAUUUCAUUUCUCUCUGUAUAUUUUUGCAGUCAGCCCGUAAUCUAUUUAAUUCAUUUGACACUGCUAAGCAAGGCAGGGUAACUCUUGAUCUCAACCAAUUUGUGUACUGCACUGCCAAUUGUAGAAUAUAAAUUGUUGUUGUAGGCUUGUGGAUAGGACUACCAGCUGCAUUACAAUGCCUCAGUCGUUGUAGAACAUUUGUUUUUGCUGUUGUUAAUGGAAAGCAUUUCCUUUCUGUACAUUGUAGAUUAUUUUAUAGCACCUUUGUAUCACAUAGCUAUUGUUGGAAUAAAAUAAGGUCAAGUGAUUUUAUUUUUA